AUGAACGGGCAAGGCCACAAAUUCCCUCCAAAAUAUCCCCAAUCGCCCCAAUCUGCGGGGUUUGCUCACCCAACGCAACCCCUGAUGCAAGGCCGUCAUGCACGAACAAUUUCUGCCUCGAGCGACGGUCUCACGUCGCCCCAGCCGCAUCUAGCAGAGAAUGUCACCCACCAAGGCGUUCAAACGGGUCAAAUAGGCGGUGGAUUUGGUCCUUAUGCGUACCAUCAGAACGGCUCUGUGCGAGAACCCGGCGUAAACUCGCGGUUUAGCUCUGGAGAAGGUUCAUUUGGCGAGAAAACUCAACCGCCAGGUCCACCGCAGCAGACAAACACGAUUGGAGCACCUGCGUAUCUUUGGGAUAGCCGGGAUCCCGACUUGGACGACGCCCUCCACAACCCUGAUCCAAAACAGAAUGCGAUUCAGGAUGCAGAAUGGACACUAUGGAGCCCUCGUGGUUGGGCAAACUAUUUUAUGCUCUUCUCGCUCAUGACCGGCCUCAUUAUUCUCUUUUGUGGAUACCCCAUCAUCACAUACUAUACGAAAAGAGCUUGGGAUCGCAAUGGCUUCAAUUUAGGUGGUAUCAAUAUCACCGGACAAGUACCGGACCUACCGAAUCUCCCAACGCGUAUCGACAAGGAUACGCCGACGGAAGCCUAUACACGUACUGGCUUCGAUGGACAAAAGUACAACCUUGUAUUCAGUGACGAAUUCAACCAAGAUGGAAGAACAUUCUUUCCUGGCGAUGAUCCCUAUUGGGAGGCGAUGGACUACAACUACUGGCCAACCAAGGAUAUCGAAUGGUAUGAUCCAGAGAUGGCAACUACAGAAGGUGGUAGUCUCGUCAUCACAAUGGUCGAGCAAUUGAACCACAACUUGUUCUGGAAGUCUGCUAUGCUGCAAAGUUGGAACAAGUUUUGCUUUACCGGUGGAUAUAUUGAGACUGCCAUCUCACUGCCUGGUACACCCGAUGCACCGGGAUUCUGGCCUGGAGCGUGGACCAUGGGUAACCUCGGUCGAGCCGGAUAUGGCGCAACCACGGAAGGAAUGUGGCCAUAUUCCUACGAUAGCUGCGACGUGGGCACAUUUCCCAACCAAACCGAUAAAGAUGGCAAUCCGCCAUUAGCUGCGACGGGUAACUACAUGCAUGAUGGCCCAAUCUCGUGGCUUCCAGGGCAGCGUCUCUCAGCUUGCACCUGCAGCGGGUCAGAUCACCCUGGACCAUCGAAACAUGGAAAUCCUGUCGGAAGGGCUGCACCCGAAAUCGACAUUUUGGAAGCCCAGAUUGACGUGAGAUAUUCUCGCGGUGAAGGCUCUCAGUCGCUACAAAUCGCUCCAUUUGAUUAUGGUUACGACUAUAAUAACGACACGUCGGUCACGUUUGUGUAUGACCACAACAAGACAAAGCUCAACACCUACAAAGGAGGUGUUUACCAGGAAGCACUAUCCGCCUUGACAUAUCUUGACUCUGAUAGUUAUGUCGGCACAAAGGGCAAAUUCUCGACAUAUGGCUUUGAGUAUUGGCCGAGCAGAGGAGAUGAUGGAUACGUCACCUGGAUGGUCGACGGUGAAAAAACUUGGACAGUAACAACAGGCUCUCUGCAAGCGAAUGAUCCUGUCAAAGUCAGCCAACGUUUGAUUCCUGAAGAACCAAUGUAUAUCAUCCUCAACUUUGGCAUGUCACCGGGAUUCCAAUCACAAGAUUUCUCAAAGCUGAAGUUCCCAGCACAAAUGAGGGUCGACUACGUACGAGUCUACCAGAGGGAAGGCCACGAGGAUUGGAGUUGCAGUCCUGACCACCAUCCUACUGAAGACUAUAUCAACGACCAUAUCAUUGCCUACACUAACCCAAACCUUACGACGUGGGCGAGCGCCAACUUUACAUUCCCACGCAAUUCGCUCUGGGAUGGCUGUUAG